CUUUAUCUCAGAAUGUGAGAAGGAACGUCAGGACCCUUGGACAGACUCAUUUGGGAGACGGAGCUGGGGGGUUCCAGGAGGAAUCUGGGGAUCUCGGCCCCCUUGACCUGCAGAGACACGGGGACCCCAUCCCGACACAAGUACCACGAUGGAUGGGUAUGGACUAUUUAAUUACAGUCUUGAAAAUUAUGACAUGUGGUUUUCAAACUACAGUUAUGAGAACUACACAGAUGAAGACGUGUUUGUGGACCAUGUCCACACAUUGACCCCGGCAGCCAUCUUGGCCAUAUCCAUGUACGCCCUCACCUUCAUCGUCGGCGCCCCUGGCAACGCAGCUGUCAUCUGGGUGGCGGGCUUUCGGAUGAAGCGGACGGUGAACACCGUGUGGUUCCUGAACCUGGCGGUCGCCGACCUGGCCUACUGCCUCUCGCUGCCCUUCCAGAUUGCCAACGUCGCCCUCGGCAACCGCUGGCCAGACACGACGGCCCUGUGCCGGCUCCUUCCCUCCGCCAUCCUGCUCAACAUGGCGGCCAGCGUCUUCCUGCUGACCACCAUCAGCGUCGACCGCUGCCUGGCCGUCACGCUGCCCGUCUGGUCGCAGCGCUGGCGCACACUAGGCUGGGCCUGGGCGGCCUGCGCCGCAGCCUGGGCCUUGGCAGGCCUCAUGUGCCUGCCUGCCCUCCUCCACCGCCGGGUGUCGCCCCUGACGUCCACUUGCACCGCCAACUACGCUGGGGCGGGGGUCAUUCGCCUGGUGGAGGUGUCGCGGGCCCUGGUGGCCUUCAUCCUCCCUUUCCUGGUCAUGGCGGCCUGCUACCUGAUGAUCGGCCUGAGGGUGCGUCGCGCCAACUUCGGCAGGUCCCGGCGGCGCCCCCUGCGCCUGAUCCUGGCGGUGGUGCUGGCCUUCUUCGUCUGCUGGCUCCCCUACCAUGUCUUCGGCCUACUUCAGGCUUUUAGCGACUACGAGGCCGUCCGGGCCUGGGACUACGCCACGGUGGGCCUGGCGUCCCUCAACAGCGCCCUCAACCCCCUGCUCUACGUCUUCGCCGGGCGGGACGUCCGUCAGCGGGCACGGAGAUCCCUGGGCACCACCUUACGCCGGGCCCUCAGCGAAGAGGCCUCGUCCCAGACGGUGCGCAGCACCCGAGUAAAGAGCCGCAGCAGCAUGGACAACAGCUUUUGACGCAUCCCACACCUCUCUACAGCGUCACAUGAGAAACUACGCCCUCUACCCCUUUCUCACCGCGUAAAUGCCAACCUGGGGGCGAUUUGUCGAUUGUUUUUCUCCUUAAUAAGCUGAAAAGUUAACAUGAUUGUGCCAACACUCACCUGGUUCACGCGCGGAAGGAUGAAAACGUUUUUAUUUUAAAUUCAUUCAUGAGAUGAGGGCUCGGCCUCGUAUUUGUCGCCUGUCCCCUGUCACCCACCUCGCUGCAUGGGUCCUCUGUUGCGUGUAGGCCGGACCGGGUAAGGACGGCAGUUUCCUUCCCUAAAAAGUGGUCCUUUCCAAUAUCACGGGGAGCCGUGAGUUCCCAGAUUCUUAUUGUCCGCCCUCGUGGGAUUUGAAGCUGGAUCCCCAGAACAUUCCCUGAGUUUUCUCGAUGAACAGUCCAAUGGUAGGCCUCCCCGACCUGCCCGUCCUUGCCUGGGCCCAAGAUCUCAUUUCGUUCCUCCUGUGGGCUCCACGGUCGGGCGGAGCAGAAACAGGCCCUCAAUCCUGUCCUUACCCGAACUCGGCGAGUUCCCAUUCCCUCGGAGACUAAGUGAAUACCCGAGAUUGCCACUUAAACGUUCUGGAAGUUUCUGAACCGGUCAGUGAGUUCCACCAGCCUCUGGUCAGAAAUGUUUGGUUCCUCCCAACUUACUAGGCCCAAAGAGGGAGGCCUAGUAGUACUAUCUUGGACUGUGUUGAUCCAAAGAAUGUUCCGGGGUUCCUAUACCCCCAACGGCAACAUAUUGGGAUUUCUAAUUCAAUAAAUUAAAAUCUAGAAGUAAGAAUCUUAUGAUGAUUGUUGGAAAAAUCCAUCUGAAUCCCUUUAGAGAGGGAAAUAACCAUCCUUACCUGGUCUGGCCUACUCCAGACCCACAACAACGUGGUUCACCCUUAAUUACCAAGAACACUGGCCUAGCCAGCAUCCAGUGAAUGUAUUAUUUUUAACAGGGACACAGGGAGAGUUCAGAGUAGGCCAUUCAGGCCCUGCUCCGCCAGUGAGUAUAAUCAAUCCCAAUCUCCCCCCUCAACCCCAACAUCCCUUGAAGGCUUGACCAACAAGAGCUACAAGUGUUCGCGUCAGGGAAGAACAGCAUGGGGUGUAGAUUUGAUCGUGAAAUGGUGAGGGAGCAGGGAAACGGAGUAGACAGAGUUUCCCAUUGGUGGAGGCAUUGAGAUCGGCUGAUCCCAGGGAUGAUGGGGGCCUGUCUUAUGAGGAGAGGGUGGGCAGAUCGGGAGGGGCGCGCUCUGUCUCCAUCAAAGUUUGAGCCUCCUAGGCCUCCGUGGCAACAGCAGGAGGAGGCCACUCAACCAGGCGUCUCCAUGACAGUCAACAAAAAUCUCAUUUCUCGCUCGUCCCAUUUCCCUGCACUCAGCAACGCAAGUACUGCUCAAACAUUUCUCAAACGCCCUCUCAGUUAGCGAGUCCUCUUUCAUUUAGGCCACCCUCGAAUUCCCAGCAUGGACUCAAAAACCAGACCUCAGCGUGGACUCGAACACCCAGUCUCAGGGUGGACUUGAACUCCAGGCCUCAACGUGGACUUGAACUCUAGGCCUCAGCAUGAACUCGAACUCCCAGCCUCGGUGUGGACUCGAACUCUAGGCCUCAGUGUGGACUCGAACUUCAGGUCUCAGCAUGGACUUGAACUCCAUGCCUCAGCACGGACUCGAACUGCCGGCCUCAGUGUGGACUCAAACUCUAGGCCUCAGCGUGGACUCGAACUCCUGGCUUCAGCGUGAACUCGAACUCCCGGCCUCAGUGUGGACUCGAACUUCAGGUCUCAGCAUGGACUCAAACUUCAGGCCUCAGCCUGGACUCGAACUCUAGGCCUCAGCGUGGACUCGAACUCCAGGCCUCAGCGUGGACUCGAACUCCAGGCCUCGAGGUAAAGCCCAGUGCGGACUAGUUUGGAAGGACUGUUAUCCUGAACUCACAUUUCUCUGUUUUUCUAAAUUAUCGCGAGACUUUUUAAUUUCUUUCUGCUUUUAACUUUUCUCCCCUCAGAAUUUGUACUUAAGAAUCUGGACCUUUGGUACCAAAGACGGUGCCGUGAGUGGUGACGUGUAAAUUUUUUGCUGUACUCGCGUGUGAGUAUG